UAAUCAACAGUAAACUUGUCUAGUAUCAUCAAGACUUUAAAGCUCAUUUUUAAAUCGAAGCUGGAGUUGGAAAAAAUACUUGUUUACAUAGUAUCAUCCUCAAACAUUUGACAUUGCCGAUGGUAUUCCACAUAAAUAAUCACAAAGAGUCGAAAGAAAGGUAACGAGUGAAAGCGAAUAUCAACAGUUAUCAUACUGAUCUUCGACAGCACGGACGUCUCCGAGUCAAUUUUUCAGCUUAGCCACGUCGGCGUUCGAAUUAACAUAAAAAGAUGUACUCUGUAACGUGCGUUGCGCCAGUUAACAUCGCUGUGAUAAAAUACUGGGGUAAGCGUGAUGAAGAUCUUAUUCUACCACUCAACGAUUCCGUCAGUGCUACUCUGUCUACGGACCAUCUUUGUACAAGAACAACAGUUACUACUAGUGAAAUUUAUCUGGAAAAUAAAAUUGUGCUCAAUGGUAAAGAGGAAUCAUUCGGUAACCCACGAUUGCUAAGAUGCCUCGAAGAAAUAAAAAAACGUGCACAAGCAGCGAAUCAAUGUAAGCCAGAAAUGUUAAAAUGGAAUAUUCAUGUGAAGACUGAAAACAAUUUUCCAACUGCUGCUGGUUUAGCUUCCAGUGCCUCGGGGUAUGCAUGUUUCGUAUACGCCCUCUCUUGCUUAUACGGAAUAGAGAAAGAUGAAAUUUCUUCAAUCGCUCGUCUAGGCAGCGGUUCGGCAUGCCGUAGUUUGCACUCAGGUUUUGUGCAGUGGCAAAAAGGGACUCUGAUCGACGGCAGCGACUCGAUUGCUGCCCAACUGGCUGAUCACCAGUUUUGGCCAGAAAUGCGAAUUAUUGUUUUAGUGGUUAACGACUCCCGCAAGAAGACUAGCUCUACUGGUGGAAUGUCUACCAGUGUAAAAACGUCGAAACUACUUAAAUAUCGAGCGGAAACUUGUGUUCCUCAGCAUACAAAGGAAUUAGUUGAGGCUCUUUACAGAAAGGAUUUCGAGAUUUUCGGAAAAGUCACCAUGCAAGAUAGUAAUCAGUUCCAUGCAGUGUGCCUAGACACUUAUCCACCAUGUGUGUAUAUGAACGAUGUUUCCCAUGCUAUAGUUGACAUGGUGCACAAAUUCAAUGAACGGAAGGGCAGCAUAAGUUUGGCUUACACAUUUGAUGCUGGUCCAAAUGCGUGCCUUUAUUUGUUGGAAAAGGAUGUUGCUGAGGUAUUAGCCACGAUUAAUCAGGUGUUUCCAAAUGACAAAUGCAGCAGUCCUGAGUAUAUAAAAGGAAUAAAAGUAGAUACAGCAAUGCUACCACAGGCUGAUCCAUAUUUUGCUGCCAAUGAGCGAAACUUGUUGAAGUAUAUCAUUUAUACUAAAGUAGGCGAAGGUCCAAAACGCAUCGAAUAGCAUUGGAACAAUGAAUUUGAGCUUACUUCGGGACGGUUUUUCGGAUUACUAUGAAGCAAUAAUAAUAAAUAUAAAAAUACCUUAAAAUAUUGGCUCAUUCUUCAUAU